UUGCCAAAUUCCAAAUCUGUUUACCUCUCACGGUCCCGGUGGCCUAUAUAAACCUGAUCUAUGCUUGACACACACACUCUCUCUCUCUCUCUCCUCUGGAAUCUAACUCUCAUCUUCGAUUUUCAAUCGAGAGUUCGAGACCUUGGAAUCAAAUUUUUUCUUCGAUCGAAAUCGAGAUUGACCUAAGAAACGACGAGACAUCAACCAAUGGCGACGCGGACGAAUCAGGAGACGCGGACGAAUCAGGCGGAUCAGGCGACGCGGAACGGAGAGGUGACUUACCAGAUAAAGGAGAUCAACUAUGGUGGUGAAAACAAGAUGAUCAUUCUCCCGAACGAGAACGGAUCGAGUCCUCUGAUCGCCAUAUGUAACCUUCUGAUCUUGAGAAAUGGCAUGGAUCUGACUCCUGAUCGUUGUGAAGUUACUCAACAGAGAUUGAUAGACCUUUUGGCCUUUCGACUCUUUAUGAUCGAAGACGACAAAGAAGAGCAUUUCGAGAACAAGGCACAGAAUAUAAUGGAUGCCAUGGAGCUCCUCCCACGCCUUGCUUAUGGAAUUGAUGUCAAUGUCAAAUUUAGGAGUAUUGAUGACUUCGAGCUUUCACCCGAGUUAACCAUCUUUGGUUUACUAAAGAUCCCUUUGUACCAUGGAUGGAUCUUUGAUCCUCAGGACAAUGAAACUGCUACUGCAGUGGGAUUCAAAUCCUACAAUGAUUUGAUGAUGGCUGGCCUUGUUACCUUGGCCGAGAAGUCUCCAAUCGGUCAAGGUUGUGGAGAGUCCUCUGUUGAUUUUACUGCUACACCUACACGUACACCUACAUCUGCAGAGCAUAGUAGAUUGGGAAGGGGAGGAGAUAUUCAAGAACACAAUGCCCUUCUGCGAACCUUGCGAUUAUCUGCUAUCAAUAAUAGUGAUUGGGAUAGUACUAGCAGUAGCAGAGACUCGCAAGACUCAAGCAGUGGGGGAACAUCCUCGUCUGGAUACUCAGUGAAUCUUAUGGACACUGGAUCUGGCUGUACUAGCCUCCCUGGCAAAGGUGCGGUGAUCAAGAAGUUCUUGAAUACUAAUGCCAGCCAACUAACGUUUCCCGGGCUAUUUUCCUUGCGUGAAACCCUCAAAGAAGGUGAUCUAUGUGUCUUCUUGCGCAACACUCACUUCUACACCAUGUUGAAGAAUGACAAUGCACUAUACACCCUAGUUACGGAUCAGGGCUACAUGGUUUGGAAAAAUUUGAUCCAGGAAUAUAUCGACAACAUCAACAGUUUAUCAAAAGAAGGCACGGAAGGCACGGAGAUUGAGUAAGAUUCCAAACUUUAUGAUCGUAUUUGUUUCUUAACCUAUAAAAAUAUUUUAAUGUUUUUGGUUCCUGUGGUAAUAUACAGUCUCGAUCUGGCGAUGUACUUUUAGAAACUGCAGACAUUGUAUUCCAGGUACAUAAAAUGAUUUUAGUUCAUAAACAUGAAAACUUAAUAUAUACCUUAAAAGUGUAAUAAGUCUCAUAUUCGCUCAUUACUCUGUUACUUUGUAGUAGUCUUUUGUUACGAUCUAAGGUGAAAUAUGAUAUGUUUUAGGUAAC